AUGUUCGACGAGCCUGCUGUCAUCUCCGCUGCUUCCAAGUCGAAACUGAAUUCGUUUCGCUAUAUCAAUAACCCGCUUUCCCGAAUGUCUGCCGCGGAUUGCGACACGGGCACUUUAGAGACGAACAAGGAAAAUGGCCAUCCUGAAGCCCCAGAGACCAAGCACGACUCCAAUUACCCCCAAACUCCCACAGACCUAAUUAGCAAUACCGAAGAUGCCUUUAGCAAGGCAGCCGGGAAAGUUCCUACCCCGGAAGAUCACGUUUACUGGGACCAUCGAAACCCGUCCUCGAAGAAGAAUAUGCCGCGAUCGUCGGCCCGCCGCUGCAAGAAACGAAACCAUAGCUCGUCGCCUACGAGAUCUCCCUUGCACAGAGAUAUGCCAGUCGAUUUGCAAGCUGUCCCACCCAUCAUGAAGACGCCUCAACAUGAUAUCGCCGCUGAUCUUUGGAACAAGUAUGUUGCCAAAGGCAAUGGAAUACCAGGCGCUGAACCCUCCAACUUUCAUCUUUCACAACUCGGAUCAUCACCGCACACGCCUGCACCCCUGCCCCGGGCCGCUCGAGAUGGGUCAGGAUUAAGACGUGCCAGUAGCUGCAAUAUUGACUGGCCAGUCUCUAACAACAAACGACGGAGAAUUGACUACGAUCAGCAACGAACAGACAUUAUCCGGGAUGGAUUUUCCCGUUCGCGCUCGUCGUUUUUGGCAUCAGAUAGGCCGAAGUCGUCGAAAAUCAGCCUUUUAGUUGAGAAAAUCCAGGAGACGCUGUCAAAAUACCCCAAGGACGAUCCGGAUGCUCCAUCUAGCUCCUCUCCACUGCCCGAUCGAUCCGAUGGUAUGGAUGAAUGCAACGCUGCGUCACCGCCGAAACAACCUGAUAAAGACCAGCUGAUUGAAACCCCUUCCAAGCCUGCACCGGCUCCCUGUUAUGACGGCCAAACAGCGGGGAACGACGGAACCGGCGAACACCAAGAACAACCUGACUCGAAUGGAACACCAUCCGAAUUCGGCGACGAAGAUUUAGACCGUGAUUUCCUGGAGCUUGCGGUUGUAUCGCCUAAGAAACUUUUCCCUUUAUCUAAAAAUUCACCGGCAGCAAUCGACCAUGUUCCAACUUUAGCACCGACUGCUGCCAAACAGCACUCCUUUGAAGAAGACGACUUCCAAACUAUAAAUGACUUUAAUGAAGACGAUGACGAAGAAUUCGAUGAUGGCCUCGAAGCAAUUAUGGCGCAGUAUGACAAAAGUCUGUCUCCCCAGCGGACAGCGGCCGGGAACAAACAGAUGCAGGUUUCCGGACAGGAAACUCCAGGCUCGGAGAAGACUGUUACGAAAACUGAAACUAGGAAUGACCAAAACAUGGUUACAAAAGUCGCUAUUGAUUUGGCAUCCGAUGAUGAGUUUGAUGAUGAUUUUGACCUGGAAGCAAUUGAAGAUGCCAUGAGGAAGGAUCCUGAAUUUGCUGCUUCUUCUAGCAAACACUUCAAACACUCUCGGACCAUUCAACGGUACCUCAUUCUUGACUGCGCCGAGAACACGUACAUUACAAGCAAUGGCCGGCCGCAAGCUGAAAAGGUAUUGCUGGUCCAGGAAGAAAAGACGAAGCUGAAUAGAGCCAUCACGCUUAGAGAAUCGUGGUUUGAUAUGCCUUGCAAAAAGGGCUUUUAUCUUCAUCUCAUCGGAGAGUUCAAUACGGCCGGACAAUGCAUAGUGGAUGAUGCUAAUAACAUGAUCAUCAUCCACCCCGACCAUCUCAUCUCUGCCACUGUCGUUGCUGAUUCUUUUUCGUGCCAAAGGCGAGCAGUCCUUCAAGAUCGCGUCAAGGCUACCAGUGAAGCUUCAAAACCCCAAGUUUAUGGACAUAUCCUUCACGAAAUAUUUCAACAAGCCAUGAAAGCUAACAGAUGGGACUUUGCCUGGCUGAAAGAAGUCAUUGACGAGACGCUGUCAAAGUAUUUGGAAAGCUUAUAUGAAAUUCAAGUCGAGCUACCAGAGGCUGCAGCAUACUUGCAGGCUAAGAUGCCGAUGUUGAAGGCUUGGGCGGACGUUUUCGUUCGAUAUCAACCGACUUCAGAGUCCGUCAUUGAGGAUAGAAACGGAACUACAGCGAAAUUAUGUAUAGACAAACUUCUCGAGGUGGAAGAGCACGUUUGGUCACCAAUGUAUGGAUUGAAAGGCAACAUCGAUGCGACUGUCGAAGUUGUGCUGCAAGAUGGAGCGGAACAGAAGACCCUCACAGUGCCACUAGAACUCAAGACAGGGAGAAAUAAUACCAACGAGGCACAUAGGGCGCAAACAGCGCUGUAUACUUUGCUGCUCUCGGACCGUUAUGACAUUGACGUUACCUUUGGAAUACUAUUUUAUUUGGAGGUCUCCAAAACUCAUCGUGUUCGAGCUAUUCCUGCCGAAAUUCGGCAGAUGAUCCAACAGCGCAAUCGACUAGCCGGAUACAUUCGAGAGCGGCUAGAUCUUCCUCCUAUGCUGAAAAAUCCUCGGAUGUGCAACCAAUGUUAUGCGAAAUCUGCAUGUUUUGUAUAUCACAAGCUAAUGGAUAGUGGCGACGGAGAAACAAGCGGUAUGGGAAAGAGCUUUGUCGAACUGGCCGGACAUCUUAGUCCCUCGCAUCAAGCAUUCUUCAAGAAAUGGGACCUCCUACUAACCCAAGAGGAAAAGGAGACAAUGAAAUUUCGCAGAGAGCUUUGGACGAUGUUAAGCGAUGAGCGAGAGGCCGUUGGCCGGUGUUUCGGCAAAGUUGUGAUAGAGCCAGAGUCUGCUUUCGAGGACCCAGAAGGGCCGAAGAUCAAUCGGUUUCGAUAUACGUUCGUGAAACACAAGGCGACUCCUGGCUUCUCUUUUACAGACUCACAAAUCACUGUUGGAGAUCCAAUUGUAGUGUCUGACGAAAAAGGCCAUUUUGCUCUCGCCAACGGCUACCUCGUUCAAGCCAGUUCCAAGAGACUUACCGUGGCUGUUGACCGAAGGCUUCAUAAUGCUCGAACGAGAAUGCCGGGUUUUGAUCCUGUUCGAAAUCAGUCUUAUGCCGGAAUCAUGGAAGUUGGCAAUCGCGGACGUGCAGAUUACCUGGCGGCAGAGGAAGACGUUGUGUUAUAUCGAGUUGAUAAAGAUGAAUUUAGUAACGGCAUGGCAACCGUCAGGAAUAACCUCGUCUGUAUGAUGGACAAGACACCUCUCCGAUCAAGCCGACUGAGGGAGCUAAUUGUUGAGGGUGUGCCUCCGGUAUUCAAAUCACUGUCUUCCGUGCCGAAACUAUCAGCCUCCGCGCAAGCAACCCUGAAUGUGGACCAAAAACAAGCCAUUGAGAAGGUUAUGAGCGCGAAAGAUUAUGCCCUUGUGCUUGGGAUGCCUGGGACUGGGAAAACUACCACCAUCGCUCAAAUCAUCCGUGCCAUUGUCUCGCAGGGCAAAAGCGUUCUGCUGACCUCAUACACUCAUACCGCCGUCGAGAAUAUCCUUCUGAAAAUUCGAGAUGAUAAAAUUCCCCUAACUGACGCUUGGGCCCGACUGGUCAAUACGGACUUGCUAAAGCCCGAAGCGGUAGAGUCAGCCAAUGGCUCCCGCAUCGUGAACCCCAUCGAAGCGCUUCUCUGUACUCAACUCGUCGAAGCCCUGAUUUCUACCGGAAUCUCGCCGCGUGAGAUCGGCGUCGUGACACUGUACCGCAGUCAGCUAGCGCUGCUUAAGCAGAAAUUACGCCAUCAUCUUCCAGACCUUGAAAUGCACACUGCGGACCGCUUCCAGGGCCGCGACAAGGAGGUUAUCAUCAUGAGCUGUGUUCGAAGCAACGCGGACCACAAUGUUGGUGAAUUAUUACGAGACUGGCGCCGGGUCAACGUUGCGUUCACCCGGGCCAGGACUAAAUUACUUAUCGUGGGUAGCAAAACUACUCUUCGAGACGGAAACGAGCUGCUAGGGAGGUUUGUUAAACUCAUGGAUGGGAAAGGAUGGUGUUAUAAUUUGCCUCCGACUGCCGUGGAGAGCCAUGUCUUCGAGGAUUAUGGUCCUACGCAGAUUAGUCCGAAAAAGGGGCGACGGGAAUCCGCGAGCCCGAAGAAGCGGAGUGCUUUGACAAAAAGCGCGGCGAAAAAGCAGCCUCGAGCGGUGUUAAGCCCGGUAAAGAGCCGGGGGAAUCUGUUUGGCAUGGGCGGUAGGAAGGCGGAAAAAGCAGGAGAUAAAGUGGCGCAUGCGGAAAAGAUGCUUUGGUCUUAG